CCGCCAGUACCUCAAGCGCCUCGGUGCCAACGACGGCGAAGACGACGACGACUUUCUCCUCCGCCACGCCGUGACCUCCUUCGUCCCUGAGCCCGCCCGCGUCCUGUCUCUUCAUUGCGCCCCGCGAAAAAGGCAUUACAAGGUUUCUGCAGCUCAGGUCGCGUGGAGUCGUCCCGACAGACUUUUGUGCACCACGCCCGGCCAUCGACUUUAGCACGCGCUCUAUACCUUGGUCUCACCAGUGCUCACCCGACCUGCUCCACCUCCCACCCUCCUCCUCCUCCUCCUCCCCCACGGCGGCCGCCUUUCGUUGUUUCAUCGCUCCGUUGCCGAGUAGGCCGCUUUUGUUUCUUUCUCCCGUCAUCAGCCCGCAACAUCGACCGACCGACGACGGCCUCACUCGCCAUCUCUACGACGACGCUCCCCCCAGCAGUUCUUCCAGAGCCGCCCCCGCCCGCACCGACAUGAACCUGCUGACGGUGCCCGCAAUCUGACGCCUUUCUGUCGGACGCUGCGUCUCGCCGGGGCGUGUAGACUGACGCCCGCGUGCUCGGCUUGUACGCGCAUACGCCCACCGACUUCCCGAGCACACCGACCCCUUGUACGACAGCCUCGUUUGCUCUAGUCCGCGCCAGCUAUCUUGUUUGCUAGGACCGAGUGCACCAUCCCGCUUGCUGGUGCUUUGCCUUUCUUUUAGGCCUGCUGCUCCGAGCCCUUCUCCUCACAACUGGGCCGAUAGACUCAGGGUUGUGGCCUUGACCGUCGCGGCCACCACUUGCCUCUGUCGUCAACUGCUACGAUUCCGCUCGAUCCGAUUAUAUUGCAACUCAGGUUCUUUAUCAUGGGCAAUUCAAACACAAAGGAGUCGCGCGGCGAAGGCGGCGAGGGCCUAGACGCUCGCCGGAAUGAUGGCCGACCCCGCCGCAUGAGCCGAGGCGAUCUCGGCGGUCUCCUGAGCCUGCAGACCGGCUCUCGCGAACGAGAGCGCCAGGAUGCCCCGUUUGAACGUCGGGAGACAAGACAGGAGCGCGAGGCCCGGAGACUAGAACGAGAGCGCGUUGCCCGUGCCAAGGAGCGAGAGCGUAGCAUGCGCGAGGAACACAUCGACGGCGGCUUCCUUGUCACUUUGGGUACCUACACUGGCACCGAGGACUUCAGUAAACCAGUUGUGAGGCAGCUACAGAUUGAGCGGAAGAUCGCCCCCUUCUGGCGUGGCUUGAAUGACUGGUCUGAGAGCUGGGCGGAACAUCAACUCGUUGCGGCGGCCCGUGGUCUCCCCAUUCCCGCAGCGGAUGCACCGCCCGACCCCGAACUGAUGCCUCGCCCCGUCCCGCCUACGUCUGCAUCCACACAGAAUCUCAACAAUUUGACAGUGCCUUUGGGGCCUCGCACGAUGUCUGCGGCCUCGGAUCGCAGUGAAUCCGCCAAUGGAUCCAACUUACCAUCCCCUACUACUGGAGGGACAGCAAAGAGCUCAUCGAUAAAGCCAAGGGCGAAGGCGCUUGCAGCUGCUCUGAGCGUGAGCUCCCGGAACGCCUCAUCCACCGAUCUGGCGCCGAAAGAGAUGAUGCUGCCUCAUGAUCCGUUCAUCAACGGCCAGCCCAUCGAAGUCUACCUAUACAAGGACGCUUCGGAGUGCCCAAUCUGUUUCCUCUCUUACCCUCCCUAUCUCAACCGCACUCGCUGCUGCGACCAGCCUAUAUGCAGCGAGUGCUUUGUUCAGAUCAAGCGCGCGGACCCGCAUUUGCCUGAGCAUCACCCCGACGGCGCUGCCCGGGACCCCAACGAGGGUCUCAAUCCCGACGACCCCCCAGAAAUGCUCAUCUCGGAGCCAGCAGCCUGUCCCUACUGCCAGCAACCCGAGUUCGGCGUCACGUACGAGGCUCCACCAUUCCGACGAGGGUUGGUGUACACAGCGGCACCCUCUAAUUUUGGGUCAACAGCCAUGUCGUCACAGAGUUCACUCAACUCAACCCUGCCACCUACAUCCCCUCAGCAACAUGGGCGUAGGCGAACGCAUAGCUUGUCGGCGACGGCCCCUGGUGUCAUCACCACGGACCGCGUGCGACCGGACUGGUGUACCAAACUGGCGUCUGCACGGGCACAUCAGGCGCGCCGCGCAGCAGCAGCGACUGCCCUCCAUACAGCAGCAUUCCUGGUUGGCGCAACUGAACAGCGGUCACUCUUGCGCGGCGGACGUUUCGGUCGUAGAAAUACCGGUACCGGCAGCAACGGCACGAGCACUCCAGGACCCGAAAACGGCACUUCUGCCAUUGGAGCACCUGAUGGCUUGGAGCCGGGUGAGCGGGGCUCAUCUGCUGGUCGUGGAGAUGGGACUAGGCGGACCAGAAUGGAAGAAUUGGAAGAAAUGAUGUUCAUGGAGGCGGUACGACUGUCGUUGGCCAGCGAAGAGGAGCGCAAGCGAAAGGAGGAGAAGGCCAUCAGAAAAGAGGCCAAGAAACGCCAACAAGCCGAACGAAAGGCACAGAAGAAGCAAAGCAAAGAUCCUUAUGGAGGAGCCUUGAGCGGCGCUAGCGGCAGUAGCCUUUCCCUCGGACUUGGUCGCAGGAGGGGAAAUAGCGCCGCAAGCAACUUGAGGAUGGAAGUCACUGCCCCAGGCGCGUCACAGUCUCCGAGAGGCGACGAAUCCCCGGCGUCGGAGCACGAGGAUAACGUUGGCAAGGGCAAGGGCGUCGACAGAGGGACAUCAGAGCCGACAACCCCGGCGACCACGGGACCAUCGCUUCCGAUACCUACGACGAGCCCGCGCGGGGGGUCUCACCUACGGCAGAUGAGCAACGCAUCCUCCCUCGGGUCGUCUCUUGCCGAUACACCAUCGGGCAGUUAUUCUGGCCCUGGCUUCGUGGGGCCUGAGGGUACCGGCAGUUCGCGUCAAGGUCGGAACGAUGACGGAGAUGGCAACGAGCCCUUGUUCAACUUUCGAAGCCUAGCGGAGCUUGUCGGUGUCAAUAUCGAUGAUGGAUCUGCAAAUGCAGGCACAAGUGGGGGCGCGGAAUCGCCACAGGCCGCGCAUGACGGUACAGGCCGACCUCUUUCUCAAGUCAAGGAGGACGAAAAGGAAGAAGCCGAAUCAGAGCAUGUGGAAGCUCGUGAAUCAGAAUCGGAGAAGCCCAGUGGUGGAGCCGCAGACAAUGUCGAAGACCUCGAAAAGACGAUUACUCUCCCGCCGCAGGUUACACUCACGCCGCAGGGGUCGUCGGCCGGCAACGGCGCCGAAAGUGCAGAGAACAGCCGCCGCAUUGCGCUGUGCCCCGAGGUGACCUUGACACCAGAGACGCCAGUACCGCUAGACGAGUCUAAGACGGAGGACAAGCGGCUAGGGCAUUCCAACAUCAUGGAGCAGGCGGCGCCCAUUGCUCAGUGAGGGCAAACCGCGAUAGGUUGUUUCUGGGGGAGGAUAAAUCAAGCAACGGGAGCAAGCCUCGUCACUUCUUUGGAGGCUUUGUAUAUUGUAUACAGCAGCAUGUGAUGGUAUUACAACGAGCGACGAAUGGAUUCUGUUCUGGGCGCAUGAGGUAUGGGCAGAGUCUUGCGUGGGAAAGUAGGAAGACAGGCACCUCGAUGGUGGUGUCAUCAAUAUCUAAGACUAUUUCGGCACUUUGCCAACGUUGUCUGAUUCCAUCGCCUGGAUUGACCAUGGGGGGCAUAGAAAGUUUGUUUGUGCUCUACCCACUUGGGUAACAAAGCUCUAAAGUAGGUAGCAAGCGGUAGUGAUACGACG